UUCUCUCAUUCCUCUCUGCUCACGUCUCGCCGAUGGCCACCAUGGAGCGCCGGAAAACGAUGACCAUGAAUUGGGAUGGCCUCGGCGACGACGAUGACGACGACCACUUCUUCGAGACCUACAACCGCCUCUCCACCGCCGUGCCACAGGACCUCGCUGACGACGAUGACGGCAAUUUCGAAGACAGCCGCCUCUCCUUCGCCUCCACCAUCUCCUCCACCCUCACCAUCAAGCCCCGAACCUCACACUUCUCCGCAAACUUCACCGGAAAACCAAACUACGAAAUCUGGAUGGCCGCGCCGGGAUCCAUCUCCGAACGCCGAAGAAGGUUGCUGUGUAGCAUGGGCCUCGACGAGAACAAGGAGCUGCUCCAAGCCACAAGCAAAGCCAUCGCCCGCGCCAUGACAAAAAAAUUUGAAAACAACAAUGACAUCAACAACAACAACGAUAAUAACAACAACAAAUACGCUGCCAAUUCCAUCGCCGUUCGUGUUGAAAAGCAGAAACCGUCGAGCUCACCGGUUUUCGUCCUUGUCCGAUCGCGGUCCGAGGGCGACAUUGACUCUUUUUCGAUGGAGAAAUCCAGGAAGGAGGAGAUAAUAGGAAAGGUGUCAAAGCAGCGGUUGACGAGAACCGUUACAGAGGUCGCUCAACGCCGGCAUGCCCGCGUUGAGAACAACCGAGUGGUGGUGAAAGAUGCGGCUGCUGGCGAUUCCCUUGUGCACGUGGAUGCACGGGUGAAUCGCCAGGUAAUCACGCCGGUCAUGGGAGUGGCCGGCGUUAGCGCGUUUUUUUUAAUAAAGAACCUGGACACGGGAAAAGAGUUUAUAGUAAACGAAUACGGAGAAGACGGCACGUGGAACAGGCUGAGUGAUUUGCAGACGGGGAAGCAGUUAACGAUGGAGGAGUUUGAGAAAACGGUGGGGCAUUCUGCGGUGGUGAAAGAGGUUAUGAGACGAGCCAACGUGGCACGUGGCGAGAAGAAGCUUUCUUCGAACUCCUACAUUUCAAGGAGUUUGAGGUUAAGCAAGAGGCGAGGUGCGUCUUUGCUAAGGAACAUAAAAGGUGUGGCGAGUGGAUUCGUCGGGGAGCGUGAGCGCGAAGCGGUGGUUCCGCCGCAAGCGGCGGAACCGGCGGAACCGAAGGGGAAGAACAGAUGGGUGCGCGUGAGGCAGAGUGGGAAGUCGCAAAAGGAGCUAUCGGCGCUGCACCUAUGCCAGGAGUUUGAGGCGCACGAGGGGUGCGUGUGGACGAUAAAGUUCAGUUUGGAUGGGAGGUAUUUGGCGAGUGCGGGGGAGGACAAGGUAAUACACGUGUGGGAGGUGCAGGAGUGGGAGGUUAUGUCGUUGAGGCCCGAGGAGGGGAACUUGACGCCUAUUCACCCGUCGUUGCUUUCGUCGAUGACGAAAGGGAAGAAUGGGAGCAGGAGAGGAGGUGCUGGAGCUAUUCCGGAGUAUGUUCAUGUUCCGGAAACUGUGUUUACGCUAUCCGAGAAGCCGUAUUGUUCUUUCACUGGGCAUUUGGACGAGGUCUUGGAUUUGUCGUGGUCCAGAUCUCAGUUACUUCUCUCAUCUUCCAUGGAUAAAACAGUGAGGUUGUGGGAUUUGGAAACUAAGUCGUGCUUGAAAUUCUUUGCACAUAAUGACUAUGUGACCUGCGUGCAGUUCAACCCCAUGGAUGAAGACUAUUUCAUUACUGGCUCCCUUGAUGCCAAGGUCAGAAUGUGGAACAUCCCUGCACGCCUCGUUGUGGAUUGGAUUGAUAUCCAUGAAAUGGUUACUGCUGUUUCUUACACCCCUGAUGGCCAGGGUGUUCUAGUUGGUACACAAAAAGGGAAUUGUCGAACUUACAGCAUAGAAGAUUACAAGUUAACUCAAUCUGACACAAUCGAGCUUCGAAACAAAAAGAAAUCUCAGCUGAAAAAGGUUACUGGUUUCCAGUUUGCCCCAAAUAAUCCAUCAGAAGUGCUUGUUACUUCAGCUGAUUCAAGGAUAAGAAUUGUCGAUGGAUCCCAAGUUGUUCAAAAGUUUAAAGGAUUUCGAAAUGCAAGCAGCCAAAUGGCAGCUUCAUUUACUACAAGUGGAAGGUACAUCAUUAGUGCAAGUGAAGACUCACAAGUGUAUGUCUGGAAGCACGAAGAGACUCGCAAUCCGAGCUCUGGAAAAGCAAGGAAUCUGAUUGUUAACCAAUCUCACGAGCACUUCCCAUGUAAAGAUGUUUCAGUAGCAAUACCUUGGCCAUGUACCAUAAGGGGUGAUCCACCACCAGUGCCAAUGCAAAACCCCAAAAAGAACUCAAAACGUUCGCAAGAGGACUCUGCAGCAAACAGCAAGAGAAUGUUGCCACCUCUUCCAAAGAAAAGCAACAACCACACCACAGAAAGUGCACCAGGCUCCCCAGAACAUGACCCUGCAGCGAUUUCGCACACAGAAUCUGGAAUUGGAGACUCAUUUGGGAACAGCAAGAGAAGGUUGCCACCCCUUCCUAAUAAAAGUAGUAACCAUGCAACAGAAAGCGGUGACUACAAACCUAUAGAAGAAGAACUUGAAGCAAUUUCUAGGACACACACAGGAUUAGGUGAUUCAUUUGCUUCAAGCUAUGGUGAUCCAGCUAGUAUAUCUGCUGCAGCUACUCCAUCAAAUGCAUCUUCGUCUUCCAAUUACUCAUCAUAUGAUGGUUGCAAUGGUGCCUCAUCAAUACACCCUUCAGCAUGGGGCUUGGUAAUUGUGACAGCAGGGUUUGGAGGUGAAAUUAGGUGUUAUCAGAAUUUUGGCCUGCCUAGAAGGAUGAGACAGACCAAUAUAUUUUUGGGCCCUACAUAACAUAACAUCUUCCAGGGCAAAUUAUUAACUUAGCAGAUUUUUCCCUCUUGAAAGAUUGGAAGGGAGGAAUGGGAUGUGAUAAAUGUAGUAAAUUCACAUCUUUCUUAUUAGAUUGGCAUGGGAUGUGGCAAUUUUGAUACCUGUAUCCCUUUGGUUAGUAAGUUAUACUUACAUUAUAGAUAAAAUACAAGAAUGCAUAUGACAUUCAACCCCAUUAAAGGGUGAGAAAAAGUUGGCAGCAUAAGAUUAGAGACAUUAAGUUAAGCAAUUUUUGUUUGUGUUUGAUUGAAUUCAUAGCCUCAAUCACUUAACAGCGUCUCAUCUUUGUUUAUCAUCGUACUGUAGGGUGCGUGAUUACUCAAGUGUUGGAUUACUCUUGGCCAAACAAAUGAAUAAAAAUUAACAUACAAGAGAACAGGCAGAGACAGAAACAUGCUCUGUCGAGUAGAUCCUUGGAUUUUUCUUUUUUUCUUUUAUUUAAAUGAGUUGGAACAAAACGAUGAUUUUCUGUGGG